CCUUAACCGUUUCUAAGCACUCGUCGGGUAAAGCGCACACGUGCAAGGGCUGUCAUUGGCUCACGUGGUUAAGGGUCGAGGGGUAAGGCCAAUCCUCCCGGCGCAACGAAGGAGGCGGAGAGGUGGAGGAGGAGGAAGAGCUGGACGCCCAUCACACCACCGCUGGCCAAGCCUCAUUAGGAGCUCGGUGUAGAUACUUGCCUGAAUUAACACAAUCUCCCCGCCAGACCCUGGAGACGUAUCUCUGUCCAUAUCUAUCUCCCUGUUGCCUUCGCUCCUCCACCACGUUCUGGCAGCCUGGCAGAUCUCUUCGGCCACCUUACUAUACAUUGCCACCUGAGGCGCAACCUUUCCCCAUCCCUUUCACCGCAUCGCACCUGCUCCGCUCAUUGAUGGAGGAGAGACGGCGAGCCGCACCUUCCUAGACUCACCGCCAUGAGCGGCGUACGGCGCUUCCUCAGUCGGAGAGACAAGAGCCCGCACGACCCCCAGCAUCACCACCACCACCACCACUCCUCCCAGCAUCAGCAUCCCGCACAGCAUCAGGAUAGCCUGUCUCCAGACCCUAGCAGACCCCCCGAAGCCCCCGAACACUUCGCCAACGUCUUCACCCUAAGUCAUGAUACCCACGAGAAGCCAGAUCGAGAAGAAGCAAAGGAGAUCAAGGUCCUGGUGGAAAGACUGCGGCAAUAUGGUAUCAACAACAUUAGUGAAGCAAAUGUCGAAUACGCAGUGCGCCGCACACCGCAAGGCGAUACACAGGCGGCCUUUCGCUUGCUGAUGCUCCUCGGCGACACAUACGAGGGCAUCGUCAGGCCCUACGACCCCAACAUCAGGCUCCUCGGCGCGGUGAAUCGAGACGCCGUCACUUGCUAUCUCGAUGCCCUGCUGUUUGCAAUGUUCGUCCGCUUGGACAGUUUCGAGGCGAUGCUCUACGACAACUUCGACGACGCCAAACGGAAACGGCUGGCCGCCUUACUUCGAUUUUGGGUGAACUUGCUCCGCUCGGGCCAGCUCAUCACCACAGACUUGACGGAGCAGCUCCAGAAGGCGAUCGCUGCGUGCGGGUGGGCGGAUGGCGCACGUCUCGAGCAGCAGGACCCCUCCGAAGCCUUCACUUUCAUCACCGGCCAGCUGGAGUUGCCCAUGUUGACCCUCAAAAUGGACAUGUAUCACACGGGCAAAGAGGACCCGGCGGACGAUCAUAAAUUCAUCAAUGAGCGCUUGUUGGAGGUUGCCCUAUUGGACGGUCCGGUUGAUGGGAAGAAGGAGAUUACGCUGGAAGACUGCCUCGAGCACUACUUCAAUAACCGGAUAGAAGUCAAGCGAUACCUCGAAAGCCAACGACGAAACACACUGAAGCUCGAGUCGGCCGACGCACCUACAAAGAUGGAAAAAGAGCCCAGCACCCACAUCGAAGUCGUCGAAGUCGCCGAAACCCCGAGUGCCAGUACCCCGAUCACGGACUUCCCUUCUGCUACAACCCCUAGCGGCGGAUUCCCCAUCUACAACACACCCCUCGACAAGUUCAGACAGAGCAUGGUGAAGAAACGAACCAACAGCAUCUUCAGCCAACGCAAGCUGGAACUGACCGGCAUCGAUCCCGAGCAGCUUCCCAACGAUGACCCUAACGCGACAAUAGACUACAAGCUUCGAAAACUGAGCACUGCCCGUGCGGAGGUGCUCAUGCCAGCUUGGCAAUUCUUCAAGUUGUUGCCUUGGUACACCGAAAACAUGCCCACUUCCGAUGCCCAAGUGGCCGCACACUUUGCGAAGAAACGCCCGGUACUCGGCAUCUGUCUGAAGCGAUAUUCUUACACCAACACCGGCGUUGCCCGCAAGCUCAAUACCUACGUCGACAUACCACUUGAGAUUCUCGUUCCGAACUUCGUCAGUGAUGAGCACAUCGAAGAAGACGGCCCUCUAGCGGGCAAUUUUCGACUCUUGCUGCAAGCAGUCCUUUGCCAUCGAGGUGUGUCUCUUCACUCCGGUCACUAUGUAUGCCUCGCGCGAGGCAGGAUAGCCGCGUCACAAUCGGACGCAAGCCCAACGGAGCAUCGUGGGAGUGAUGAGAGCGACUUUGACGAUCCCUGGAUGCGUUUCGACGACUUGGCAAAGGAUCGCAUUACCCGAGUGGACAUUCACGAGGCAUUGAGAAAGGACACGCCAUACCUCCUUUUCUAUCAGGUCCAGCCCAUCAAUGAGCGCGAGCGCUCGAUGUCGAAUCCGCCUUCUUACACUGAAGCCACCUCGCGUUCGCAGUCGGAUGCCACGCCCUUGGAAAAGCCGCUCUCCAAUCUCACCAUGGCAUCGGACGCCAUUGACCUACAGCAAACCAGGUCCGAGCCGAAACUAGGCGGGUUGUCGAUUCCGGAAGUGAAUGUCGCCGACUUCGUCAAUGGAUCCGAUCGUACGAGCCUAGGCGCAACUACAACUCCCACUGACGAGCAGCUGCGCGGGCGAGUGGAGGCCAACCUCGAGCCAAGGCGUUCCAGUAUCACAAUCGACACAUCCAGUAACUCUGGCGGCGCUCGCACCGAGCCUCCGUCCGCCGCAACUACGCCUGGUGAAGAACGGGGCAAUGCCGUCAUACCUACCGCCGGCAAGAUGGGAGGCUCAAGACGGGGAAGCCGGGUGCUACAAACGCGGGAGAACUCGCGCUCUCGUCACUCAAGUCGAGAAGACACCAAGCGCUUGCAUCUUGGCAUGGCGAAACUGACGCAGAUGGUCAGCAAUAAGAGCGACUCUGGUAGUGUGGGCAGCAUCGCCGCUGCGCAGCAACAGCCGACGCCCUCGGGGCACAUCUCCAUCGCCGAAACCACCGUUCCCCACGACACGGCCCGCGCUCCUCCCGUGGGCCACACGUCAUCGAGGAAUCCGAGCAAGGAGAGUGUGACGUCGGGGAAGACGACGCCGAAGCUGCGGAGGAGUAAGUCCGGGUCGAAGCGAAAACCGCACGAGGACAGAGACUGUUCUGUCAUGUGAACCGCACGCGUGCAUGUUCUUGCAAAGCGCGCAUACGAUGAAUACAGCAUUUCUAUUCGCCUCUUUGAUUACGGCUGGCAUGGUGCGUCGGAGUGUAGCGAGUCUCCAUUGUUUUACGAGGGGUUGCGUGCAUCGUGUGCAUUUCUGCGAUAACCAAUGAUUCGACAGCUGCCGUGGUGCUUUGUACAGACAAAAGCGAUUACAUA